UAGAGCUUCCGGUUUGAUUUGACAGUUCAAGAAGACACAUAUCUGUUUAAGAGCAUAUUACUAUGAGGACAGUUUGUAGUUGCUGAACUUUUGGAAGAGAACACAAGUAGUUAUUUUCCAAUAAUGGCUGCUGAAAGACAGAUAUUUACAGACAGUCAUGCCAAAUCUAUUCUUACUACUAUGAACAGUUUAAGAAAAAUAAAUACUCUGUGUGAUGUGACUCUUAAAGUUGAAGGUCACAGUUUUCCAGCACAUAGAAUAGUUUUAGCGGCAUGUAGUGAUUAUUUUUGUGCAAUGUUUACUAAUGAGAUGUCAGAAAAGGAUAAAUUUAUGAUUGAAUUACAUGAAAUAUCAGCAUCAGUAAUGGAAGUAUUGUUAGAUUUUGUUUAUACAGAAACUGUUGAUGUUAGUGUUGAAAAUGUACAAGAACUUUUACCGGCAGCCUGUUUAUUACAGCUAACAGGUGUUAAACAAGCAUGUUGUUCAUUUUUAGAAAAACAAUUAGAUUCCAGUAACUGUUUAGGUAUUAAAAUAUUCUCAGAAAGUCAUUCCUGUAACUCUCUAUGGCAGGCAGCAGAGUAUUACAGUUUACGCCACUUUCAAGACGUGAUAUCACAAGAUGAGUUUAAAACACUACCCUUGGAAGAAUUGAAACGACUUGUUAGCAGUGAUGAAUUACAGGUAAAUAGUGAAGAACCUGUAUUUGAAGCUGUUUUAAAUUGGGUUAAAUACGAAUUGGUGGAACGUCAACAACAUCUUGCUCAAUUAUUACAAUAUGUUCGUCUUCCAUUGUUAUCAGCUCGUUAUAUCACAGAUGUCAUAGAUUACGAGCCUCUAGUUAAAAGUAGUCAUAAAUGUCGUGAUCUUCUGGAUGAAGCCAAGAAAUUUCACCUUCGGCCAGAUUUGCGUGGACAGAUGAAUGGACCAAGAAUGAAAACAAGAAUAGGAACUGAUGAUCUAUUAGUUGUACUUGGUGGUUUUGGCUCUCAUCAGAAUUUAGUAGAUGUAGUAGAAAAAUAUAAUCCUAAAACGCGAAGUUGGAAUAGAUUACCGGGUUUAACUAAGAGACGACGUUAUGUAUCAGCAGCAUCUGUAAAUGGUUGUGUUUAUGUAAUUGGUGGAUAUGAUGGACAAUCUAGAUUAAAUAGUGUAGAAUGUUUAGAUAUGACUGAUAAUGAGUUGAAUUGGGUGACUGUAUCCAGUAUGCAUCAUAGACGAGGUUUAGCUGGUGUUUGUGUUUAUAAAGAUCAAGUGUAUGUGUGUGGUGGUUUUGAUGGCUAUGCUAGACACACCAGUAUGGAGAAAUAUAACCCAGUCAUAGAUCAGUGGACAUUAUUGAGUGGCAUGGCUGUAAGUCGGGAAGGCGCCGGUUUAGUUGUUGCAGGAGAUUUAAUAUACUGUAUUGGAGGUUAUGAUGGGAUCAAUCUUUUAGAUUCUGCAGAGAGAUAUGAGCCAGAAACAGAGCAGUGGUCAACUAUAGCAACAAUGUCAACUCAAAGAUCAGGUGCUGGUGUGGCAGUAGUAAAUGAUGUUAUCUAUGUUUGUGGAGGCUAUGAUGGAAAUGAACAUUUAUCAACAGUAGAAUGUUAUAACACGACCACUGGUCACUGGACGUCAUUAUCACAUAUGAUUGUAGCUCGUUGUUAUGUGGGAGCGUGUGUUUUACAAGGAAAACUAAUGGUGGUGGCAGGGUAUGAUGGCAAUACCUUACUAAAUACAGUGGAGAUUUAUGAUCCAUUAACAGAAUCAUGGGAAAUAUUAGAUGAUAGUAUGGGAAUUCCACGAUGUGAUGCAGGAGUUUGUGUUGCGCGAAUGCCUUGAAAUCAUAACAAGGAUCUCACUUUAAUCUCACCAAGAGUGUGGUUUACUAUAAGGCGGAUUUCCAUAUAAAUGUUGGGUUGGGCUGUUGUUGUUCAUAGGGUUCCACCGCAGGUGGUAAUAUCACAGAAAAUGCUUGAAGUGCGACACUCUAGACUACUACAUGUAGGUCAUCCCCCCCCCCCACGUUAUAGGGAACUUGUGAAUUAUAUAAACGGAUGACUGUCAGCUAUUUAUAUGGAUUUCCAUAUAAAUGUUGGGUUGGGCUGUUCAUAGGGUUCCACCGCAGGUGGUAAUAUCACAGAAAAUGCUUGAAGUGCGACACUCUAAACUACUAUAUGUAGGUCAUCCCCCCCCCCACGUUAUAGGGAACUUGUGAAUUAUAUAAACAGAUGACUGUCGGCUAUGAACCCAUGUUUCUAUAGUGCAUCCCUACAGUAUGUGAGCAGUUCAAAUCUCUGACAUGAAGGUUUACGUAUUAUGUCUAUUAAUAGAAGUACUAUUUCUUUAUUGUUUAUGUGAGGGGGGUUGGAUGGCUGAAUGGUUAGUACGUGCGUUCUGUACCAUAGGGUCGCCUGUCCAACCUCGUGGGUUUUCUUCAGCUCCUCUGGUUUCCUCCCACUGCUAAAGACCCCUAUGCGCAAGCGAAUUAUUGAAAUGAAAUUGACCUUGUGUUAGUCCUGAAAUGACCUAGUUUGUGUCGAGUGGACAUUAAAAGCCAUUUCUCUCUCUGUUUAUUGUUUAUGUAAGAUCCAGUUGUCACUUACACUGAUGAAUCAAAGUUUAUUCAGUUCACGAAAAAGUUACACAUGCUAAUCAAUCAAGUUCUAGUAUAUAUUGUUUGAUGACAUGUAAAUUUGGUAAGAUACACAAAAUGUGUUGAGAAAGACAAGAUAUUGACACAAGAAUAGAGCUGAACAUAUAUUAAUCUCAUCAAAAUGAAAUAAGUUUACUGUUUCCAUAAUAAACUUGGCAUAAGUUAACUUAAAAGGGUCCGUAUUCAAUGGUUUUCCUCAAGUUCAGUAAAAAAUACUUAAACAUACAUUAUGCAAGAGCUAAAUCUACCUAUUGCAGGUCUUUCUUGAGGCCUGAAAUGUUAUAUAAACUAUUAAUUAGACAUUUAUUAACAAAACAAGACCAUAAUCAACUCUUGAUGGCAUCGGAUACUCAAGAUUUUAACUAGAUUAAAAAGGUUUGCUAUUUAAAAAUUUAAUUUACCAAUUGGGAAAGCGAGGCUAAGUCUUGAAUAAACCAGUGCCCUGAUUACCACUAUGCACACAUCUUGUCAAAACUACAAACAAUUAUAACUUGGCUCAGAAUGAAGUAAUUUCAAUGAAAUUUUCAAUUUUUAUACUCCCACAUUCUUAUGUGGACGUAUAUUGUCAUCGCCCCCGCCGUCCGUUUGUCCACAAUUUUUUGUGGACACUCUACAGGUCACAAUUUUUAUCCGAUUUUGACGAUACUUGAAAUAUAGGUUUAUCCCCCAAAGAUCUCGGUUCCUUUUGAUAUUCGCACACAUCGGACAGUAACUUCUUGAAUUAUGGCCCCCGAUUAAAAAAAAAACGUAUGAAUAUAUCACAAUAAUGAUGGUUAAGUUCGAAUUUCGUGAAAAUCAGACAAAAACUGAUGGACAUAAUGGCUGCCCAGUGCCCCUUAUACGUGUAAAAAUAUGGUAUAUCAAGGUUGUGGACCCUCUUAAGAGGCCACAGUUUUUAUCCGAUUGGGAUGAAAUUUUAGAUAUAUAUGUUUUUAUCAUAAAGAUCUUGGUUCCUUUUGAUAAGCACACAAGUCACAACUUCCUGGAUUAUGACCCCUGAUUGGUGAAAAAUCGCAUUUUUAGCUUGUGGAUUCUCUAUGGGUCACAAUUUUUUUUUCCGAUUUUAAAAAACGUUUAGAUAUAUCACCAUUCCACCAUAAUAAAGGUUAAACUGAAAUUUCGGGAAAAUUGAAACGAAACUGCCGGACAAAAUGGCCGCUAUUUGUACGCAAAUUGUGUAUAAGUAUGUAAUACAAAGGUUAUGGACCCCCUAGAGGUCACAAUUUUUAUCUGAUUUUGAUCAAACUUAAAACAUAUCUUUAUAUUCCAAAACUCUCACUCCCUCUUGAUACUUGUACAUUUCAGACCAUAACUUUUUGGAUUAUGGCCGCUGAUUGUACAAAAAACGUUUUUGUUUUUAGCUUGCUUAUGGAAUAAGCUCCACUGCCAAAAAUCACGAAUUUCUAAAGUCACACGUAAGCUAGUUAUGUCCCCUUAAGAGAAAAUUUUGUUGAAAUAUUAUAUUGUAACCAUGAAAAUAGAAUGACUAUAAUUUAUGAUAAAUUAUGAACAGUUGUUUUCGUAGAUAUUUUUAAAAAAUUCUAUUAAAUCAUUCAGCGUUGUUUAUCAAUCUAUCAUUUGAGAAAUUCAUAGAAAUUGCGUCAGUGCCUAUAUACACUUUAGAAUCCAAAAAAUCCUACGUUGACGUACAGCGCGUGUGUACGAAAGAUGCACGUGGCAUUAUUUACAACCCGAAUAAAUACUACCGAUUAAAAGGCAAUAGGCAGCCAUCAUCAUAUAUUUGUAAAUUUAUAUACCUUGUAAAUGAAGACAAGAACAUGUUGCAAUCAAUACUACUGCCCAUCCGCAGCUAUAGCUUCAGAUGGGAAUGGAUUCUAAAAAAUAAAGCAUGCCUUGCUUCUAGCGGCAGUAUAAAUAUUUGCUGAAAGCUACAAACGCAAGAAACAUAAUUAUGCGAGACGAACAUGAUAAAUAAUCUCUGUGGUAGUAGUAACCUCAUACACUAUUAUGGCACUAUAUAAAAAGGUUUGUGACCAGCUACGAUCGGCGACAUUGUCUUUGUUUCAAGCUGAAUCCCCUAACUUUUAAAAUCGCCAUUACAGGCCCGACACGUACACUACACUGUAUACUGCGGUUAAAAAGAAGUCAGUGUUAAGAGAACUUUUCUCAUUUAGGCUUUCCUUUACUUUGAAUAAUGCUAAACUAUAAACAAUUAAAAGUUAAAGAUACAUUAGUUAAGAGUUUAAUAAAGAAAAUAUUGAAAAUAAAGAAAUAUACAUCAACUGUGUCCGCACCGUCUACGAGAAUUGUCGAUCGUUGGAUUGACAGACGAUAACUCCACUACAUAUUCUCGAUUAUCAAGUAACAUUCUCAACGGCUAUGGUACCCUAGCUUGGCAGGCCUUUCAUUGGAGUCUCCGGUAGUGACGUCAGUGACUAAUUGUAAACAAGGCAGCUUAAUUUUAAGGAAACAUUUAAUACUUAAAGCAGUUAAAUCGCUAAUAUUUGGGACUUAGCAAUUGACACAAAUGGGUCUCAACGCAUAAAAUAUGAAUGUAAUAUUAAUGUAUAUAUAAACUGAUUUACAUUCAAUCGUUUCCGUUUUUACUCUAAUUUCAAAUCAGUUAUGUUCGGCGAUAUACGCGAGAAGUCUCAACUGAAUGACAAUCUCUAGCGUCUGGUUAUUCCAGUUUACACAAGUAAAAUUUAUUGCGCAUGCUCCCCAGAUAAGAAUAUGGCGUCACCGUUUGACAUGACUGGUGGAAUAUGUCUAUCAUCGUUCUUCGAGUCCCUUGUUACAAAUUGCGCUGAAACGAAUUCUGGUAAAAUGUUUAUUUGUCUUAAAUAUUGGAUAUCAGAAACCCAUCUUUUCCCGGUAAGACCACAACAUCGAUGUUGAUUUAAAUUGACAAAUAAUUCGUGUUUUCAAUGUGGAAGACUGGAGGAUAUUGAAUUAGAGACUUAUAGCUUAUUUAACAUUGACUUUGAAUCAUCGGAAGAUAUUUAAGUGAAAUCUUGUAGUUAACUGACUUUCUUAGAUUUAGAUGUCCUAUGAAUACGGACCCUUGUUUUAAAAGAAAUUGUGACUUUUUUGUUUGCUUGUUAAUGAAUAUAUCUGUGAUAUUUUAAGGAACCUUCUUUAAAUUUAUUAUAUUGCUUGUGUGUAUGAAUGUAUUGUAUGUAUAGUACCAAUAUGUGCUUUCAGCUAAUAUUUUUUUGAAAUUUCACCAUGAAUCCUAUCCUCUACUUUAACAGGAGUUCUAUUUUAUAAAUAAGAAAACACGGCUUGCAUCUAUAUGUAUAGUGUGAUGAAAACGAAUUAUUUUACUUUAAUGCAUUGAAUUCAGACCCUUACAAGAAAAAUACUUAUUUGAUUUAUGUAAAGACAAAUAAUUGAAUUAUGCCCAUUCUAUCAGUAAGAGGCUAAUUGCUUGUUUUUCAAGUUUUCAUUUUGGCAGAUAAAGCAGAAGCUGGUCUGGAUACUUAUAUUCGGUUUGUUUUUAUUUAAAUGGUCGACAGCUGAACUCAAAAUCAGUUGUAUCUCAACCGUUGAUUUUUCUGUAGACCAUAGUCUUAGUAGAUUCCCACUUAAGGAUGGGUGGUCUAUUGUUGAACCUACACUUAUUUAUUCUAUAAAUUUGCCAUUUAAUGAAUUAUUGAAUUAA